AUGAAAGGAUUGCUAGUGACUCAACGUAACGUGUGGCAGAUUGAGCCAAACACUUUGUUUGGAAAAGAUUACCGUUAUAGGAUUUGUGUUAAUGGUCAUUUGCUAACGGAGCGGACGCUGUUGCGUAACGGCUAUCGGCUGUUAAUCGGCAAUAAUCACUUUUUCCGGGUAAAUUGCCCAAAAGAAACAGUUGAUAUGAGUGCUUCAAUCAUGGAAGAAUCGAAUGCUAUACUUUUCGACUAUUAUGAUGCAUGGCAGGAGGUAAGGCAUAAACAGCUUCAUUUUUAUCCCUUAAUGUCGUGUGCUCAGAUAUCCCUAGCAUUUGUUAAUGAAAGUGGAAAACUAUUUUAG